AUGUCAACUGAUCCAUCACCUUCAAGACACUCAAGUGCAAGUUCAAACUACGACAAUGCUCAUGAUUAUUCAGCUUCAGUGAUUAAGCCGAAAUUAGAGUCCAUUGAAACCUCCUCCGCCUCCUCAAACAAGUCUCCAGCAAUAACAGACCUGUUACCACCUAGCAAUCUCAGUGACAUUGAAUCUGUCGAUGACCGUAAGGGCACGAGUAGGCAAGAUGAAGAAGCCCAACACGAUUUGCACAUAGUUAAUCCCGACUUGAAGUCAGAGUCCAAUAUCAACAAAACGCCAACUGUUAAUCCAUCAUCAUCAACAACAACAACAUCAUCAUCAGCCACGCAAAACCGCUCUCAGUCUCCAGCACCAUCUGCGAAUGAAUCUAUACAAACUCGUGACUACCAACAAACGGUUGGUGUCAAAUUAUCACAGUUGCAGGAUACGUCAAGUCUCGAGAGUCUAUUAGCUAAACCAAUACAUCAACAGCCAUCAAACUUGACUCGAGCACUGAAUAGGGCUUCGGUGUUUAGUAAUAUCAGUCAAUAUUCAGGAGGACUAGAACUGAGUGCACAAGCAGUACCUGUUGUUUUACAAAGAUCGGAUUCAACGAAAAUCAAAAAGGUAAAGAAUAAGAAAGCUAGGAAUUUGAUAAACGACGCCUCAGAGAGUAAGUCUGUCAAUACUGAUGACCUGGCUGAGACCAUGCUGCACCCGGGAAAACCACCGCUCCCAAUUUCGCCACUCACCCAAGAUACCAAUGAUGCCGACAAAGAUGAGGAAGGCGAAGUGGAGGAUGAAAUAUCAGACUAUGACGAAUCCGACUACGAUGAAAGUUCAAUCUUGAUGGGGAAAUUACCCACUACAAACGCACCAGAUACUUUACAAUUGAAUCCCGACAAGACUUUUGAAACCAAUGUUGAAGGAGCUAUACCCGCACGUUCCCCAAGACGUCCUACGUCAAUGCUACCACCAGGGACCAAUUCUGCCGAUAUUGUUGGCGUACAUCAAACGAACAAAGCGGCAAGGAGGAAGACCAUGCAUAUUACCGAUAACUUGGAUCGGUUGAUGCAAGACGCAUCGUCAAUGUCCACAUUCAGUUCAGAGAAGCUUGUCAAUGAGCCUGCGGCGUUGCAGCAGAAUAUUCGAGAUGAUGAUGUUGCCGUGUAUGAUACUACGGGACCCCACGAUGAUGUUAGAUCUGAGACUGAAUCACGCGGACCUGAAGUUCCUUCUCAUCGGUAUAGCACAGGCACAUCAUCCACUAAAAUGACCCCGUUGUUGAAGACUUUGGCAGUUGAGGAUGAAGACAUUGAAGUGGAUGAUGAGAUUCACAGUCUGCUUGGGAACGAGUCAGAUAAUAUCACUAUUCCCAAACGUGAUGCGUCAUUACCGCCACGUCCAUCGGAAGAUGACAUACGCAGAGCAAGAAAUGUGUCGACCAACCUUCAGAAACAACAAAAGCAGCAGCAGCAGCAGCAGCAGCAACAGCAACAACAUGAGGAAGGUUUACAAAUCGAGGGUCCUGACCACGGAGAUGGGUACUACGUCAAUGAUGAAAAUCCAGAAUUUGACGAUGGAUACUAUGACAUUGAUGAGCCAAUUAGGCAUCCAUCACGGGGCAAAUCCGUCAAAAACUCAAUCCGAAGACCAGCACGAGAUAUAACAAAUACCACCACCAACAACGUGGCAGCACCAGCAUCAGGAACCACGGCGAUACUGGCUCAAGAAGCACAACACCAGCAACAAUCAAAAGAUUUAAAAAAACCACCAAGCACAAGGAAACACAAAAGACACAGUAAAGAAAAAGCCAAACUGCAACGAGGAGGAGGACACACACGUGGCUCCAAUUUAUCGUCUUCCGUAACUGGUGCCGCAACAUCAGGUCACUCUGCAGAACUAAAGCCAUUCAGCUACAAAACCUUGGUAUCGUUGUUGGAAAGUAUGAAUGGAACCAUAAUUGGCGAAGAAUUUGCCACUUUGAACAUCCCCAUCCGAGAGAAACAAUUGAUUGAAAAGAUUAUUGAUAGUUUAUCGAGAUUGAGCUCGGAUAUGAUUUUGGAUCGGGAAAGGUACGAUGCUGGGAUACAACGUUUGGAGCGGGCGUUGAGGGUGCUUGAAGGAUUCAAUUGA